AUGGCUAAGAUAUAUCGACCCGCACGCCUGGGAUUAACCACCACCCGACCUCACGCAGCCACUGGAACCAAAUCUACAUACUUUAUGCAGUCAUACUAUGAAACAGUAGUCAGCGUGCGCAAGGCACAAGCAGCGGGAAAAAUAACCCCAAAGCAACGGCUGCGCGAACGCUUCCAAGAAGAGCUUGAGGGAUGGACAAGCUACCAGUUCGAUCAAAUAUCGCGCGAGAUCUGCAAGGCAUACGUAGAUCUGUUAGAAGAAGUAUGCGGACUUACCCAAGGGAGGAGAAUUAACGACAAACUCGUGCGAUUCCCCCAGGAUAAGAAGGAACAAGCGGGAGAAGGCCAGCGCGCGACAACCACAACACCGCAAGUUGUGUUCCAGUCUGUGGAAUAUAACGGGUACCAAAGUCCACCCGCAGAGCCGCAGCGCGCACAAAACAUCUUCUAUCCAGUCCCGGAUCCAGGUAUUGCUUAUGCGCACGAACCAGGAAGAAGCACAACAGCCAUGCCCGGAAACAGGCUAACACGGGAGGUGCAAACAUACCCGCAAAUUGCUCCGGAAAGGGACGGAAAUGCGACCUACGCCCACCGCGCGACCAGCCAAGGGCCGGGAGUACCAAAGUACGAGUUACCACCCGUGCGACCAGUGCCGAGCGAGCUUAUAGACCCUAUCGUUGCAGACCGCUUUAUUAAAACAUGGAAGCAGGCAGAUAAUUAUACGGGAAGGCCGUACGACAUGUGGAGAUGCGUUGUUAUUAUCGACCCUGUUCUCGUAAAUGUGAAAACGAGGGUUUGA